GUUCGUGAUUGAUCUCAUCUUAGCCGUUCACUGUUAGGGUUUCGCCCGGAGCUAUAUAUCUCGAUUCCUUGUUCUUCGAGCGUGGUUCCUGGCGGGAGGUGGAACGCAGCUCAACUUCGGCGAUCCAGGGCUGCACUUCUCCGGUGAAGAGUCAUGGUGAAGCAUAACAAUGUUGUGCCAAAUGGCCAUUUCAAGAAGCACUGGCAGAACUAUGUCAAGACAUGGUUUAACCAACCUGCUCGCAAGACCAGAAGACGCGUUGCAAGGCAGAAGAAGGCUGUGAAGAUUUUUCCACGACCAACUGCUGGGCCCCUCCGUCCAGUUGUUCAGUGUCAAACCCUGAAGUACAACAUGAAACCUAGAGCAGGCAGAGGUUUCACACUUGAGGAGCUCAAGGCAGCAGGUAUUCCCAAGAAACUUGCACCAACCAUUGGCAUUGCAGUUGAUCACCGUCGGAAGAACCGUUCGCUUGAGGGCCUCCAAGCAAAUGUACAGAGGCUGAAGACCUACAAAGCCAAGCUUGUCAUUUUCCCAAGAUGCGCAAAGAAAAUCAAAUCUGGUGAUUCUACUCCGGAGGAACUUGCAACUGCAACUCAGAUCCAGGGUGAGUACAUGGCCAUCACCCGUGAAAAGCCUUCAGUUGAGCUUAUCAAAGUGACAGAUGAGAUGAAGGCAUUCAGUGCAUACGGUAAGCUCCGAGUUGAGCACAUGAACAAACGCCAGGUUGGUGCGAGGUUGAAGAAGGCUGCAGAAGCCGAGAAAGACGAAAAGAAGUAACUGAAUCCAUCUGUCCUUCAUGCUAGUGUCACAGCUUAAAUUGAAUGAUUUUAGUAUUUUGUCCAAACUUGUUUUUGAUAUUAUCUCUAAAGAAUUUGUUUAGUCUGUUUGGUAGAGACAAAGUUUUGUGUGGUUUCUAAUCCUGAACUACAUGGAAUGGUUGUUGUUCCUUUAUUCCCAUCUAUUUUCCAUAAGAUCAUGGAGGUUGGUUA